UAUAAUGCAAGGGUAGAACUAAUAACUAUGGGGUGCACAAAGUAAGUAAAACAAAUAAUAAUAAUAAUAAAAAAAGUUUGUAGAAACGGAAUGGGCUUAAGCCCAAAUCACACACAAAAAAAGACAUGAGGUGCAGAGAUGAGAAAUGGGGGUGCGGAUUGGAAGGGAGGUUUGUGUUUUUUUCUUAUUUUAAAAAGUUGGCAUCAUAACCCAGGCCCAAGUUUCCUCAUCAGAAGUUUUAGGGGUUCUCUCCCUAGCCUCUUAUUUCACCAUUUGCGCGUUCAGCAACUAAGAGACACGUGUCUCUUCCUCCCUGCAGAAAAACAGAAAACCCUAAGACACUCAAACAUCGGCAACCGUGCCGUCUUCACCUCCGAUUGUAUCCAUCACCGCGCCGCCCGACCAGCCUUGGCGUCGCCAGCAACACCACACCCUUCGAGAGAGAACCACGAUUUUACAUCUUCCGCCACCAUGCGCACACUGUCGUCACCCUAACGGACCAGCCACUGUGACAGAGCCCCUACUCCGUCCAAGGUCCCGCCGGCGACCAAACUCCACCAAAGUUGUCGCCAGCCUAGACGCGAAAUCCCUCAUUUCCCUUCCUCGCGCGAAAACAGGGAAACAUCGUGCUUCUUUCCUUCAGUCGACCACCACCGCGAGCCGCCGUCACAGAAACAACAACCCUUCGCCGGACUACCACUGAGCAACCACCGUGCCUCCAGAAUUCAACGCAAACUCCAAUCGCCGCAGCCACAACAAUCACCACACAAAUCUCCUGUUUUAUUCUCAAUUACACUUUGUUCUACCACACACACUCAUUUUAAUUUAGGUUUGAAUCUCACCUUGAUGAGAUUUUACGUGUUCUUGCCGUUUUCCUUGUUUGGGCGUUUACAGGUUACAGGCCAUGAAUCACUUGGUUUCAAGGAGGAUUUGGCAUAGAGUGUUGUUGUAUUUCUUAGUUUUUGAUUGCUUUACAGCUUUGUAGUGUGUUUUCUAGGCAUUUUCUGGAUGUAAGUAAAUAGGGUAUUGAGGUCUUUUUGUUGGGGAUACAUGCCUAUGUUCCAUUGUCAAUUAAAUAUGAUAGACUUUGCAGGCAUUGAAACUGCAUUUUGGGUGCAGUUUUGAUUGAUAGAGGAUAUCACAAAAUCAACAACAUUCACAUACGACCAAGGGCCGGGAAAGACAACUUACCUCCGCUGCUUUCAAAGAAAAUGGGAAAGGUUAAUUGAAAUUUAUUAUUAUAAAACAUUUCUGCUCUAUUUUCCCCUUCACUCGUAAGCUUUGCUCCCGCUCACACAAAACACUUAAAAACCAAAAACCCACAUCCAAUCUCUUCCCAUCAUCACACAUGCAGAGCACACAGUUCCGGUGAUGCCCAACCAUCAACGGCAUCAGUGAUAGAGACUUUGCCAUGGCCACCACCGCCGCGCGUCUGCUGUUGGAUAUUCCUCUUCUGCAUUAGCUAUCACGAGCACCUCCUUGUUGCGCAACCGCUAGGGUUUGAACUGCAGCGUGCUUGCUCUGCUUGGAUUUGCCUCCGCUCUUCCCCACCCUUCACCGCUAGAUUUCGCCCUUUGCCACUGCUUGGUUCUCACAUCGAAUUAUGAUUUGCAGUAAAGCUGGUCCUUGAGCCUAACCUAUUUUCGGUUUCAUUUCUCUCAUGCCACAAGGUGCUCCGACACUAUAUUAGCUGAUCCAGAAUGGUAAUAAGAGCAACAAUGCAGCAUAGAUUUCUUCUUCACUUCCGGCCUUUUCUGAGCCAGUGUCCUUCAGCUCAUUCAGUGUCUUCAUUGCAAAAUCUUGGGCAGGCCGUAAGAGAGGAAGUAGAAGCGAAAAACUACGUUAAAAUUCCUGACCUUUUCAUUUCCUUGGAGUCGUGCCAAAAUUCAAAUCCUUUUUCUUUCUUUUCUUCAUUUCCUCAGAACGUACAAGUACAAAUUGUUGAUGAAAUUUUGCAAUCUUUUAUACCUAUCAGACCACGUUCCAAGCCUCAGCAAGCUUAUUCCUAUCUUCUUUCUUACACCCUUCAAAGCUCCAAUCCUUUCCCCCUUGCACUUGCUGUCCUACAACGGACUCUACGAUCUGGUUGCCUUCCUGUUCCUCAGACUCGUGUUCUCCUCUCAUCAGCUUGGUUGGAGCGGCGGCGAUGUCUGUCCCAAUCUGUUGCUGAUAUUUUACUUCAGAUGCAAACAAUUGGGUAUACUCCUGACUGUGGAACUUGUAAUUAUCUACUAUCAUCUCUCUGUGCUGUUGACCAACUAGUGGAAGCUGUUAAAGUCCUUAAUGGCAUGGGUGGGGCUGGAUGCAUUCCAGAUUCAAAUAGUUAUGGCACGGUAAUUGGUGCAAUGAGCAGAGUGAGAAAGACUGCAGAGGCACAGGAUUUGUUGAAACAAAUGGUGGUGCAAUAUGGUUUAACCCCAGGACAGGGAAUACUAGUGAAAUUAUUGGCAGCAUUACGGGCAAACAGGGAGAUAUGGAAUGCUGUUGAGAUUAUUGAGUUCCUGGAGAAAGAUGGUAACUCCGUUGGAUUUGAGAGUUAUGAGUUAGUGAUUGAAGGGUGCUUGGAGAAAUGUGAGUAUGUUUUGGCUGCAAAGGUUGCAACAGGGAUGACAGAAAGAGGUUUCAUACCAUAUAUAGCGGUCAGACAGAAGAUUAUUGAAGGUUUGGCCAGUAUCAAUGAGUGGAAGAUAGCUUGUGCUUUGAGACAUAGAUUUGCAGCACUUAAAUCUUAGCUGUUAAAUUUAGAGGCGCAAGUACAAUGCUUAAUGCCGAUAGGGUAACUUGCAAAGACUUGCGACUUUCGUGUUAUGGUGUCAGUGUUCUUUUCUCAAUGACAUUGCUGGAAGAUCAUCUCACGGUUUGUGGCAGAGCAAUGCAGCACGAGGAUCUUGAAUUUGCAAAACAUUUGGGUGUAUAAUCUAUGAAGUCAAAGCAUGGAAAGGGGUGAGCAUAUUCUGUUGAACUUGGUCUUUUGUUUGAAUUGUGGAAUUAACAUUCCUACUUAGCCAAAUUAUAACUCGGUUAUUCUGUACCCCACUACAGAAUAUUGAAAUCAGUCACAGGGUAACUAAUGCUUCGUUUGGUAGAAAAGGAGAAAAAAAAAAGGAAAGAAAGAGAAAGUGGUAGGUCGAUUACUAAGCUGGAUCUUGGGGACAGGAAAGGUUCCACGCAAGACUAUAGAGGACGUGAAGGGUAUUUGUAAGUUUUUAACUUCACUUUUCUUGUACUUUUAUUUCUGUUUUGAAAUUAUUGUAUUGUGGAGCUAAGUUCUUCUUUCCUAGUGCUAUACUCUCUUGAACUGACAUAUUUCAUUCCUUCGACAACCAUAAUUAUUGUAUUGCAAGUCAAUUAGACUCCAUGAUAUGCUGCUUAAUGCUGGACAGGGUAGCUAGCCUGCAUGGCAAUGCCACAAGCAUCAUCAUUAUCCUUUGUAUCACACUUCAUCCUAAUAUAGCCAGAUUCACCCUUGUUAUUUCCCAUGAAUUCUUCACAAACCAGUACUGUUUCCUUCCCUCCAUUCAUCGCCAGGACACUGCUCUGUGCUCUGAUGGUGCCAUUGUCGUCUCUACUUUCAAAUUGACCCAUAACCAACUGAACACACCUCAAGGGUAAGUCCAGAGAAGAUGGCAACAGAAUCAGCUACAUCUCUAAUGAGAUGUUGGGUGGCAAGAGACCAAGUUGUAUAUUGCAACUGAUGGAAGGUCAAGGCUGCUAACUCCCCACCCCUGGUUACUUUGGCAAUGUCAUCUUCACCACCGCCCCCAUAGCAGUGGCAUGCGAUCUCAUGUCAAAACCAGUAUGGUAUGCUGCAAGCAGAAUCCACGAUGCAUUAAUGUAAAUGCACAACGAAUAUUUGAGAUCAGCUCCUGACCAUCUAGAGCUACAACCUGAUCUAAAAGAGAUUGUUUGUGAAUCACAUACUUUUAUUGGAUCUCUCUACCCACAAUUAACUAUCGUUAUAAAUUAAAUAUA